UUUUUUUUGAAGGAAAUCUCCAACUCUGACUCCCAAUCCCAAGUUGAACUAAUCCAACGAACAUCAUGAGUGGAAACAGCGAAAAGAAGAGCAAGAAAGAAAAGUCCCCAAGCGUUGAAUCAGAUAAAGCAGUAGUCGAAAAGGUACCAUAUCACAGGAUAGCAACAACAUCUCGAAGUUUUGAUCUGACGAUGCAUAAUGAUCAAGGAGAAGAAGGAAAAGAAGCAGAAGAAAGAAAAGAAGGACAAAAAGGAAAAGAAGGAAAAGAAAGAAAAGAAAGAGAAAAAGGAUAAAAAAGAAAAGAAGGACAAGAAAGGCAAAGCACAACCAGAGGAUGUGACAGCAGAUCAUAACAAAAAGCGAAAACAUGGAGACAACGAUCACGUUGAAGAAGUACCAAAGAAAGACAAAAAAUCAAAGCACACUGUCAAGGAGUCUACUGCUGUGAAGGAGGCACCAACUGCCUCUCAUGCAGAGGAAAAGCCAGUGGAACAACGAGGCGGCUGGAAUAAUUGGGAAAAGGCGUCGUUUGGUGGGGAUGAAGCACAAAAGAACAAAUUUUUGCGUUUACUAGGCGCCAAGAAGGAGAGUAACAAGAGCACCGACGCGACUCCCGCACCUAAAAAGAAAUCAGGAGGAUUGUAUGGAGGCCUCAAAAGUGCUAUCGAUGAAGAUGAAAAAGAAAAAAUCGCCAAUGAUCUUGAAAAGCAAUUCCAGCAUGGACUUCAGUUCAGAAAGCAGCAGCAAAUGGGUCGUCGCGGUGGAUUAGGAUUCAGUCGAUAGCUUCGAAUUUGUUAACAUUUUUACUUUCAAUAUACAAAUG